CAAAGGUCUGUGACAUAUAAAGAGCUCUAUCUUGCGAAAAAAUUAAACUGAAAAGAAAAAAAAUGAAAGUUACCAGCGGAAAAAGGGUUUUCGAUGAGGAACUCCUCUCGAUGUCUUUAGAUGAUUACUACCUUAAGAAUGUAAAGAAGACGAACUUCGUGCCGAGCCGUUCUGGGCCCAAUGCUUCGAGUACUUCGAAUUCUUCGAGUUCUUCGCAUGCUUCGCAUUCUUCGAGUUCUUCGCAUGCUUCGCAUUCUUCGCAUUCUUCGCAUUCGAAUGCAAAUUCGCUCUACCAGCGAACUCAUUUCUUUGGUCCUGCCUACCGAAACACUCCGUCAUCCCUGCUCAACGUGCGGGUGGAUAACCUGCUGCGCCAUCUGAAGGACCUCACGGUCGUGGUGGACUCCAAGGGCCUGGUGGGUUCUGCCCAGAAACGACUGGACGUGAUAACGAAGCGCCUGGCUCAGGUAACUAAGAUGUCUUCGUCGCCUCCAACACCUCCGAUGCCUCCGAUGCCUCCGAUGUCUCCGAGGCCCUCUCCUCCUGACCAAGAUCCGCAGGCCAACAAGGAAGCUCAGGUGCCCCAAGACGCCCAGAUUGCCCAGGAAUAUGAUGACACCCUGGUCCUCACCAUCGGCGACGAGGCACUCUACGACGAGGCCUACAAAACGGACCCUCUCUGAAUGCCCGUGGAUGAUAGCAAAUAAAUAUCUUCAUAUCCUAACGAAUCCUAGCCCAUUGGCUUCUCCAAAACUCCGGCGAUUAUGACACCAGCUGUAGAAGUUGAAAAACCACAUCGACAACAUUUUAAAAAUAAAAAUCUCUUUAUUGAUCGCCUCCCAUGGAAAGUAAAACUGGGUCUUGGGUGGUCACUUCACUGGAAGAAAAGUGUGGAUUUUCAUUUUUGUAGAUUUUUAUUGAAGGUGAAAAGUAAUUUUAUUU